GCGCAGUGGGGCGAACCGGAACCAAACAACCGCAGGCAACCCCCGUCGCUAAAUCACCUCCCCGCUAGAUUCUCACAGGCGACGGCCAACCCGCGCCCUAGGCGGACAUUUCGAGGCUUGGCUUUGGGUGAGCUUGCUUUUGCUCUCCAACCUGCCGUGUCAGCGUGCGUCCUCAAAUACCCCCGAGGCUCCAGAAUGCGUGGGCUGCUUCGCGCGCGGGCGUGCUAGACGUAAUCUUAGGUACUGCCUGCUUUACUUACCUACGUAUUUAGCGUCCUUGCUCGCCCUCCCCCACCCGGCCAGACUUUUGCGCUAACAGAUAGUUGGAAGAUAAGGCCGAGCGAGACGAGUCGACGCCAGACAUAGGUACGCCAAACAGACAUCAGACACAACCUUGCAAGAUACCAGUCACAGAGCCCCAACAACCCGGAUGCGCGGGAUUCCACGUCGACUUGCGCACCACGCCGGACUGACCGCCUCAUCUGCGGACCAGCCCUACCGCCAACCACCUACCUACCUGGCCACCCUGCCUGCAUAAGCAAACUAGCCCUCGUGGCAACGCGGCGAUAGACACCCGAGUCCCUCCUCCCCCCGGCGAGCAGCUAAGUACGUCACCUCGACGGAGCCAGGCCUGGCCUGCCUCGACGCCUUUGGCUACCCAAGCCCACACACACACGCACACACACACACCACUCCCACCCACCCGUGCGGUAUGCCGCGGGCCGACGGCUGGUCCUCGCGGGCCGGGUCGCGGGUCCCGGUGCGCCCGUCAACGGCGGGCGCCCAGCAGCAGCAGCAGCAGCAACAGCAACCGCAGCUGCAGGGGCCCCUGUCACCGUUAUCACCGCAGCUUCCGGACCAGGCCGUGUCGGUGCUGUUCUGCUGCCUCGGCAACAUCUGCCGCUCGACCAUGGCCGAGGGCGUCUUCCAGAGUCUCACAAGGACUCCACAAUACAAGGACCGCGUCGGGAGGAUCGACUCGUGUGGCACGGCGGCCUACCACACGGGCGAGCCGCCCGACUCGCGGACCAUGGAGACGCUGAGGGCGAAUGGUAUUGUCGACUAUUACCACUCGGCGAGGAAGGUGAACAACAAGGAUUUUGACACGUUCGACUACAUCUUCGCCAUGGACCGGUCAAACCUCAAGGACCUGCAGCAGAUGAAGGCGAGCCUCAAGCGGCUCAAGGGCCAGGACAGCAGGGCCAAGGUGAUGCUCUUUGGCGAGUUCUCGGGCACGGGCAGGGUCGAGGUGGUCUCGGACCCGUACUACGGCGGCGACGACGGGUUCGCGCUCACGUACCAGCAGGCCGUCCGCUUCUCGGAGAACUUCCUCAAGGAGACGUUCCCGGACGCGGCGGCGGAGGCAUCUCCUGCAGACGGGAGGCCCGAGGCAGCAGGUACAGGCGAUAAUGUGGUAAAUGUCGGUGGGAGCAGCAGCGGCGACAGCUGAGUACGGGGACGGAGGACGACGGGGACGACGAGACGGAGGACGGACGGAUCCAACGUGGAGGAGGGGGCGGGACAAGACGGACGACGGCAUACUACAUAUACUUGGGGUCUUAAGAUUCACAAGCUCAUCAGGCAUCGGGAUGUGGAGCAAAUAAUAAUUCAAGGAGGCAUGCAUGCAGAGCGGUCAUCGGGACCAGGGGUUGAGACGCGCGAGGAGGGGCGGGUGGCAGGGGAGAGCAGCCCGCAGGAGAACGGGGUGAAUGGCCGGGGUUUUUUUUUGAUGGGUGGCCGGGAACGGGGAGGCUUGUCCACAACAGGUUUCCGCCCUUCUGGCGUGGCAGGGAAAGUAGAAGCGGGAGCACUAGUCCAUGUGAGAGUCGGCUUUCUCCUGAUCGCGUUCUUUUCGUUUUGAGCCUU